AUGAGCAUUCCCGCCGCCACAGCCCUCAGAACACUCCGCUCAGCUGCCACCUCCAGAUCAGCUCGCACUUUCGUCUCGACAACCGCCGUCCUCCAAGAAUACAGCGUUCAAAAGGGGACCGUGUUCCCCGGAGAGACCCAAGAAGAAGCAUGGAAGCGCAACCUCGGAGAGGCUCGUGAAUGGCGUCGGCGCAAAGAGCAAACAAAAUCUACUAUCCCCCUCUUCAUCCCCCAAACCUCCACCCCUCCUCCUCAGGCCCGACCCUCCCUCACGCCACAUGAAGCUACCCUCUCCACUCUCCUCGCUUCUGGUGCCGCCCUCGGCCACGCGGCCAACAUCACAUCCCACGCGUAUAUGCCUUAUAUCUACGGCAAGCGUGCAGGUCUGUCGGUGAUUGAUCUGGACCAGACGCUGCCAAUCCUGAGGAGGACGGCGGCCCUCGUGCGAGAUGUUGUGAAGCAGGAUGGCAUCAUCCUGAUAGUAGGAACGAGAGCAGGACAUUCGAAGAUGAUCCACAAGGCAAAGGAGAGGCUCGAAGAUAAUGGUUACGCCGUCAACAGCUGGAUGCCUGGUGUCUUGACAAACUCGGAAACAUUCUUUGGAAUGCAGCCCCUCCUCAACAAGUCUUACAAACCCGACCUCGUCAUCUUCCUCAACCCCUCUGAAAACACUCCUGCCAUCCGAGAAUGCACAUCUCGUAAUAUCCCUACCGUUGGCAUCGUAGACACCGACACCGACCCCAGACUGGUCACCUACCCCAUCCCGGCUAAUAUGGAGAGUCUCCGAACCGCCGAGCUCAUCAUUUCUACUCUGAGCAUCGCUGGCCAAGAAGGGCGUCGGCUGAGGUUGAAGGAGGCUGAGAAGCGGGCCCGCAAGGCUGCUAGGACGAACAGGGGGCCUAGGGAGAGGCAAUCAUAA